AUGCUCUUCAAGUCAACAGCGUCUCAGCAGCGCGGCGCCCUGGACAGCUCCUCCUGCCUUCUGCUCCUCCAGGAUCUGACAUCUGUGGAAUCCGAAAGAAAACCAAAACAUUUACUUUCCUUUAUUGACUGCACAUUUUUUUUGUCUUCUUCCCCCCCAACUUCGAGGAGCUCGAACUUUAACGUCUCUCGGGAGGAGAUGGAUAUUGAUCGACCAGCAAAUGUUUCCUUUUUUGAUUUCGUCGGAGGAGUUCAACUUCUCCAGGGGGAGGAGACCAGGACGGCCAUACCUGUCCUCCUCAUCGGGAUCUGCGUGUCCGGGGCGGUUGGGAAUUUGCUCGUUUUGCUGAUUUUCAUCCGUGACUUUGGAAACGGAAAGGGCUCCGAGGUGAAAACGCUCCUCGCCUCUCUGGCCUCCACGGACUUGCUGAUCCUGCUGCUGUGCGCCCCAGUGCGCGCCGUCACCUACUACAAGCAGACCUGGACCCUGGGGAGUUUUGUCUGCAGCACCACGGACUGGUUCCAGCACUCGUGCGUAAUUGCAAAAACUUUAAUCCUUGCAGUCACUACCAGAGCCAAACACACGCUGGUGCCCAGCACCGCCGCGGGGCCCCUCCACAGCCCGACGUGGAUCCACGGAGCCCUGGCGUUCAUUUGGAUUGUGUCGAUGAUGUUUCCGAUCCCUCAGAUGCUUUUCGCUUCUCUGGUGCCGCAUGGCCGCGACACUAUUUGCGUCUCUGAGAUGCCGAAGUGCGCGUCCGACUUCAUGAGUGUUUUCUACAAGGUGUAUCCAACUGCGUCCUUUGUGGUGCCCGUCAUCUUCACACUUGCCUACUACACGAACGCGCUGCACACCGCGGUGAACCACGCACCCAGCCCGCAGCACCAGAGCAAAGUUACCCUGGUGCUGCUGUGUCUCAGCGGCGCCCUCGGGCUCAUGCUGCUGCCGGAGUGGGGGACGUUCACGUGGAUCAGGCUGGGGCACAACCAACCUCCCGUGGGUUUGAUCAUCUUCUCGCAGAUCCUCCUUUACGCAUGCAGCUCCCUCUCUCCGGUGAUCUUGAUGACCAUGUAUGACGACGUGCGCCAAGGUCUGAUCACCAUCUGGUUCCUCGCCACCUGCAGAAAGCGGAUCCGCCACGUCAAGUGUCCGAAGACGGAGGGGAACGCAGCAGAAGUCGGAGCCAACGCCGUCGUCGACGCGGUUUCGGAGGAGCAGGAGAAGACCAUCCCGGACGUGGAGCACUUUUGGACAGGGCGCAGGAAUACGCACGUCGAGGAGGAGCAGGAUCCGGUUCCGUGGGAGAGAGAGGAGAAGAUGUUGUAGUGAAUCAGAUUUGAAAGUGUCAUUUGUAUUGUUUCAUUUAUUUUCUAGCAGAAGAGUUCAACUUGUUCUGAUGUGUGUUGACCCACAGUGCAGACCCUCGUUCAACGGCUGUUUGCUGUCGUGAGCUUAAUUAGAUGUAACAUAAAGUUAUACACUGUCGUGUUUUUUGAUGUAACACAUGUUUAUAUCUAUUUUGAAUAUGUUCUUGUCUCCAGCAUCGCUGCACUGUCAAGUAGAACACCUUUAUUAGAGGAGGUGUGUACCUAUAACACGGAGCCAAUGUAAAUAUCCAGGACACUCACGCACCGAGGAGUGAGUUGUGAUUGUACGUGUGGUGCAUAACAUAUUAAAACAUUCACAAAUAUGGA